CACGUUUCUCAGCGUGCUGACGUGAUCAGCAGACUCUGAAGAAGACGAGCAGGCAUAAAGUGAAGUUGACCCGUCUCCACCAGUAUGGCGAGUGUGAUCUGCAGGAGGGCCCGACAGGUGAGCCAGUCAUUUGCAGUUCACGCACUGGCUCAGCGAAUGGCAAUGUUGAGAGGAUUUUCAGAAGCUGGUUCAUCUGGUUCAGAUGAGCCUUAUGUAGCUUUACCAUACCAAUACUCAGGUCCUAGAACAGUUUGGCCAGACGAAAUGAUGGGUCCAUUUGGGCCUCAAGACCAGCGCUUCCAGUUGCCGGGCAACGUGGGCUUUGACUGUCAUCUUAAGGGCACUGGGUUACAGAAGAAAGGGCCAGUACAUCGGACCGUCCCAGACGUUCUGUCUGCCCCAUCCAGCACAGAGCGGCACAAGUUUAUACUUGCCCAGUUUGUUCAUGAAUAUCAGGGGAAAGAAGUUUCUCUCAUGGCACAGCGAGGCAGCAAAGCAGAACACUAUUUUAAUCACUCAAAUGUAGAAUGUUCCAUGCAUUCCUGUCCAGAGCUGCUAAAGAAAGAGUUGGAAGUAUUUUUCCCUGCACUUCCUACAAGUCCCAUCACGGUUGUCACGGUGACACAGAGAAAUGAAACUGUGGACACGGAGGAACUGGACAGAGACCACAAACAACUGCUGGAUAAUUUUGUCAGAGGUGCUAAAGAAAUCUGCUUCAUGCUGUGGAGAGGAGGCUAUUGGGCAGAUUUCAUAGACCCGUUAUCGGGGAAAGCUUUUUUCGGAGACCAGACACAGGCCUCCAUCCUGCGUAAAGAUGUUCACCAUCACGCUGGCUUUCACAUCGAGGACCAGGCGUCCUGUACGGUUAUACGUCAUGUCUUAAACACACCAUCGUUUGUGUUAACACUGAUCACUAACGCACCUUCCAACAGUCAAAUCAUGGAGAAACUUCAAGGACACUUUAUUGCUUCAGAACAAGCGGACUGACAGACCUUUUGAAAAUUGCACAGUAUCUAAAACUGUUUCUUAAUUUCACUUAAUGUCAGCAGAUUUGAAUGGAAACUUGCCAGUUGUGAUGUUGCAUAAAUGCUGUGAUUGAUUCACAAAAUGCACAGCACAAAUGCAGUUUAUUUAUAAAAUGUGAACACUUAAAACUAGCAAUAUCGUAUAACUAACACGCAGUAAAACAAACUAUUUCAGACAUACAUGAACAUGUUAAACCAGGUUUGAAAUCACAUGGUGCUUUACAAAAAUAUUGGCCUUAAUUUGUUGGUGUUGACUUGAGAGAACGCACUGUUGGUAAAAUAUCGUCUAGAUUCCGGACAUCUGUAAAAGACAAAAUGGAAGUGUAUGUAUGUACAUUUCUUUAAUUUGGUUAGCUAUGACUUGCAGUGUUUCUGAAAUUCUUGAUGAACUGUGAAUAAAGUUUGGUGAAGCUCCAAUACGAAAGAAUUCAUCAUGUUCCUUAAGCUUUCCGAUGAUGCUGCCAAAACACCAACAUAAAUGGCGCACAGAGUGGUUUAUACACGUGUUCAACGUCCUCUUGAAAGCAGUUUUAAGUAUUUGUAUGGUUAAUGGGCCUCUUUUGUGAAACAUGAGUUGACCUCAUUUCUAUGUAAAUCAUUUGUAAAACCGUGACUUUACGGAAGAAUGGUUUACAAAUGAUUUUUUUUAUACCAUUCUUAUGUCAUUUUAUGCAUCACAGGAGACAAUUUAUGCAUGAAUUUAAAGUGACAAGUGAAACUGAGCCAUUCAAUGUAAAGCGAACAUGUACGCAAUGGUUUUUACAUCCAUUUUUUAAACCAUUUGUUUGUCAUUUGAUGCAUUGAGUGAAUUUACACAAAUAUGGUUUUAUGGGAAUAUUCCGGGUUCGAUGCAAGUUGAGCUCAAUCGACAGCAUUUGUGGCAAAAUGUGGAUUUAUUUUUACAUUAUUCAUUCAUUGUUUUGGAUUUACAUUAUCAUGUUGUCAUGCUACAAAGUUGUAAAAUUGGAAAGAACUUUACAUUGAUUUAA